AUGACGAAACUUAAAGGAUCCUACCUUCUUACGGGAGCCAAUGGAGACCUAGGUCGUGCACUAAUCACGCAGUUUGCCUUGAAGUCGGAACAUGCAGCUUCCUACCACGGGAUUUACACUGUUCGGAAUGAGGCAACAGCAAAACUAUUGAGAGAUUCUCUGAAAGAGAGCGGUCAUUCAUUUGAAAUACUGCUGCUGGAUUUGACCCAGCUCUCGGAGAUUCGCAGAUUUGCCAAACAACUUGAUGCGCGCAUCAAGAGUGGUCAAAUCCCUCCCCUACGCUCCUUGGUUCUGAACGCGGCUUACCUUGAGCUAUUUAAACAGACGUGGACAGAGGAUGGGUUCGAUAUGAGCUUUGCCUCCGCCUACCUUGGGCAUUGGCUGUUGACUUUGAUGUUGCUUGGCAGCAUGGACCGGAGUGCCGGGCGCGUCGUUGUCGUGGGCAGCGCGGUACAUGACACGGAGAGCAACCAUAAUGCGGUUGGUGGUCAGUACAGGGAUCUCAAGUGGAGGAAGAUAUUCCAUGACAGUACCGACCCACUCGCUCGGGGUACGUGGAGUACCAACGAGGAUGAUUCCUCCUUUAGGAGUGGAUAUCGGCGCUACGGUGCUGCUAAGCUAUGUCAAGUUAUGAUGAUCCCGGAACUUCAGCGCCGCAUUGACCUUGACAAGGCUCUCCACAAUAUAUCUGUUGUUGGAGUUGAUCCUGGCGCGACCCCCAGCGGGAUCACCCGACGUGGAGGCUGGAUCGUGCAUGUUUUCAUCGGGCACUUUGUGAUGGCUAUCCUAGCUUUCGUCUUGUCCCUGUUUUCGUCCAAUGCUGGGGUGCGAACCAAUACUAAGUCAGGCAAGGAUAUGCUGGCGGUUAUGCUUGAAUGUAACCCAACGUUGGGUGACAGGCCAAAAGGACUAUACCUGAAUGGCAACGAAAUGGUGCCAAUGUCGGAAGAGGCUAGAGACGAGAGAAAGACGAGGACUUUGUGGAAGGAUACUUUGAGAUACACUGGACUCCGAUCGAACGAUACUGCCUUGAUGCAUUGGCAGUAA